ACGAAGUUCCAGUUCGUUCAAAUGAACUCCAUGUUAUUCUCAAAUUUAAUCAAUAUAAAGCAAUGUAUAAGCCACGUAGAACUUCGGAGUUCCAUGAUGAGAUUCGCGAGGAUGGCGGUUUUGCAAAAACACGACAGACAAGAUCGACGUUGCGCACUUCUUCGACGCCCAUGAAUAAAGCGGGAAUGCUCAGCCAGUGGCAGCUGCAGACUAACAGUCGAGCCACUUAUGGGCAGGAACGCGGCACACCAAUGCGCACGGGUCCGCCAAUUACUACAGCCAAGCGCAGUGCGCUUAGUUUUAGUGUGACGCCAUUACGCGCGCACCAGGCCUCAUCUGUUGAACGAGCGGGACCGCUGCAUUCUGACAAGAAAUGGGUGCAGGAGCAAACACAGAUAAUAAGCGAGCAUCUGAACGAGAUGAUGCAUAUAAAGCCAAUCGCAGGAUUCUCUACAGACUUUUUCAGUCGAGGAGCCGCUUCGCUGCGCCAAAUGACCAAGAAACAGUUUGUUGGAAUUGUGAAUUACUUUUUGCAAUUCAUAUGGCCCAAUCGCAAGAUUGUGGAUGACACCAAGCAUGUGGAGGACAUAAUAAGCGCACUGGCCAAGCUUAAUUAUCCAUAUCAAGUGAAUAAAUCCUGGCUAAUUACUCCAACCACUCAAUCCUCAUUUGGGCAUGUGAUUGUGUUGUUCGACUUCCUCAAGGAUUUUGUGCCAGAGCUCACAACUGAACACAAAGCAGAGUUCCCAUUUAUGGAGACUAACGAGCAUCCCAGCUACUUGCAGAACACGCAAGACUCUGUGAUGCUAUCCACUACCACAGGCCACCACCGUGCAGCUGGACGAGGAAAUUAACUCUUUUGCUGUUCUCCAAAUCCACGGAAUGCUUUGCUUUGUGGGAUGACAACAAAAGUCGAUG